UCAGCGCGGGGCGGCGGCACGAGCCAACGGGACGGAGGGGGCGGGGCUCCCCGGGGCGCGGCGGCCAAUGGGAGCGUGGCGGGGCGGGGCCCGGCCGGAGGCACGUGCGGCCGCACACGUGUCCGCGUGGGGCCGCCGCGGGCGGGGCGGGACCGGCACCGGCACCGGGCCCACAGACACCGGGACACCGGAACGGCGGCACCGGAACAGCGCCAGCGACGGAGGCACGGGGACACUGCGCGGCCACAGUGCUACUUGCUCAGGGACGUUGACAGCGGCACGGGAAAGGGGGACAGCGAUACCAGCAACGGCAUCGGGACACUGAGACCGGGACAGGAACGGGGACGGUGAUAUUGGAGCAGUGAUACCGGCACUGGGUCAGGGACGGCAACAGCGACACCGGCAACAGGGGACCGGCGCUGGGACGGGGACACCGGCAGCACCGCAGGUGCAGCCGGGAGAAGACAGCCUCGGCUGGGUCACCCUGCUGGAGCUGAACCUAGGGAGAGGCUCCCCUGGGGGGGGCACCUCUGCCAUGGAGCCACCCACCCGCGCCUGCUCCUGCGGCUCCUCUGCCUCUGACAGCGAGGUCGAGGCCGGCAGCUCCCCCCGGAGUCCCCCAAAAGCUGAGUGCAGCCGCAAGCGCCCGGGGGGGCUGGACCGAACAGCCACUGAAUCGCCACCCUCGCCCCGUGGCGGGAAGCGCCCGCGGAAAGGGGAGGGGGGGGAUGUCCCUCCCAGCGAUGGAGAUCGCCUCUUUGCCCAAAAGUGCCGGGAGCUCCGGGGCUUCAUCCGGCCGCUGGCCGAGCUGCUGGAGGGGCUGCGGCGGGGCCGCUAUGACAGAGGGCUGAGCAGCUUCCAACAGAGCGUGGCCAUGGACCGGCUCCAGCGGAUUAUCGGGGUGCUGCAGAAGCCAGAAAUGGGUGCCCGGUACCUGGGAACGCUGCUGCAGGUGGAGGCAAUGCUGCGGCUCUGGUUCCCCCACGUCGCCCCCAAACCCAGGCUGGACCCAGCGCCUGCCAUGGCUCCCCCGCGCCGCCGCCCACCUGCCGGUCCCCCCGGGGCUCCUCGGUGCCGCCGCCUGCCCGGGGACCUCCCCGGGGACCUGCCCCUCGCCAGUCCCGCGGGGACGGUCCAGCAGAGGGAGUCCCCCCGGUGCGAGGCCGACACCCCCGAGUCCCCCCCAGCGCCGGAUGUGUGACACCCCCCCCGGCUCGGGGGGGGGGAAAUCUCGUCUGUGUUUCUUGGUUAUGCCUUGAUUUUUUUUUUUUACCGGUGGUCAGUGAGACCCGCGGGCGGGCGGGACUGACCAGGGUGGGCCCGAACCCCCCCAGAAGCCCCAAUCCCGGGGCGGCCGCGUGCCUUGGCCAGAGCGGAGCCCCCUCCUCGCGGGGCCCGGGGGGGGAGCUGGGCCUUCCCGGGCUUGUGCCUUCCCCGUGGCGUGGGGUGCUUGGGGGUGACUGUGGCCCCUCCCGGAGCGGUGGUAGGUGGCUGAGGGGUGUGGACCCCCCUAGUGGGCAUGUCCCAUAGUCGGCCCUGCUGGAAGCAAUAA